AUGAGCACUGCUACAAAAUCUUACAUCCUGCUACUCGUUCAAUUUUUCUUGAAUUCUCAAAAAAGAAUACGAGGUUCAAUUAAACCAUGCAAUGAAUGGUUCAAAAAAAAGGCCGGAUUUUUCCUGUGUGGUAAAAACGUUGCAUUUAUAAACUCCGAAAUUAAACCCUUGGGAUGUACUCCGCUGCUGCGGAAGAAAGACAGCCUAAAGGUUCAAAUGGAAGGCCGGAAGUCGAUCAAUCAACAACUCGAAACUAAAGGUGGUCCGAGUGAAGUUGCAUUGUUAACAAACUUUGGCGAUUUGAUCAAUUCUUUUAUAAUGGAUUUAAAAUUUGACUGUUUAUACCGUUCUUGGUCGUUUCGUACUACUCGGUUGGUAAUUGACCAUACAACAAUCCCAUUGGCAGAAUACUCGUUGAGUCAUUUGGCAGCUUUGGAGGAAACUCUUGCUUACAACCUUCUACUGAUAGACAUUUGUGAGCAAGUUCGCGAAGGAUUACAAAAAAAGGAGCGAACAAUUUACACCACCCUUUCAGAUGAGAUUUUUACGGAAACUUCCGGAUUCUCCCCAGUUAAAAAUAUUGUUAGAAUCAUAAAAAGGCUUUUCUGA